CAUCUGCCAAUCAUGUCUUGGGGACGGACACCAAAAGCGCCCCCUCCACCCCGCUCAGCCUUGAGUAAGCUUGUCCCCUUGAUCGUGCUGUUCGUUACUCUCUUCGUGUUCGCCUUCAUCGGCUAUCACCUAUAUCGAUCCUUCCAAAAGAUAUCCGCUGCCGCCAACGACAAGAUGCAAUCCAAGAACGUGGUCUUUACAAAGGACGGCGUGAAGGUUGGCGUCAAGGAUGUCAACACUGAGAGCUAUGUGGACUCGACACAGGGCUUCUUAGUUAAGGCCUGGAACUUGAGUACCUGGCCUGAAUACAAAAGUCGCCUGUGGAACAAACAGCCCCCUCCUGAACAGGGGAAAGCUGAAGCCAGAAAACCGUAUACACGAAGCUCCUGAAGCACCAAUGCAAAGUAGUAGUCACCAGGGAACCACCAUGCCUAGCUAGUUGUCUUCUCUUCGCCUUACGUUGAACUCUAUCCCCUUGACUGUGCGGCUAUGUGGUUAUUUUAUCAUAGAACGUCAGUCAUAGAAUGGGACAGAGGCGUGUUUUUGCUUUGCUCUUUUGCGUUUAAUGAUUAGGAUGAACAUAAAUACCGUCUUGCGAUUGGGAUGGACGAAGGGGAUAAAUGCAUACAUUCCAAGCACUCACAAGUGCUAGUGAGUUUAUGAUGGUUACGAAGCACAUCUGUCAUUUGAUAUUGGACUUGUCAAGAACAUGCCAAUAGGAAUACCCCGGGGCUUGCGUUACAUAUCCAAUGAUAAUACCAUUGAAUACCAUUGUCUCCAAUGCUCACCAGUUUCUCC